AUGUCCUCCAAGAGAGGUGUCAAGAGACAGCCCAAGGCAUUGGAGGAGGAUGCAUAUUGUGAAAACGAAUCCAAAUCCAAUGGUGAUAGCGAGGAUCGACGGGAAGAAGACCAGUCUACACAAACCUCUCAUGUGGACAAAGUACUAUUCCGCCAAGCCUGGGUUAGGGCUAUUCAACGUACUGGAACAACAAAGCUGCCCAAGAAAUCAUGGAUGAACACUCAUUGCAUGAAAUUGAACAGCAACCUGAAGUAUGUUCAAGUGAUUGGACAUGGGCAUGGACAUCGUCUUGCCACUGUGAUGAUGUGUGGCACCAGUGUUCCUCACAAACAAAGGGAAAAGGAUGCAGUUGAUUCAAUUUGUCGAACCACAUUUUGUAUUGUUCCCGAUCAUCACCGCUGGCUCCUCAAGAGUGAGAAAUCUUCCAGGGAGUGCUGUGGUGACAGAUUAAUGUGUUGUAUUUGUCAUCUUGAAAUUCCUUUGCCUUGUUCUCACAAGCCUCCUUGUCAGUGGAAAGUCAUUUCCAAUAGUGCUUGCUCAGACUGCAAGCGGGAUGCAGAUCAAGAUGAAGUGGAGACUGUUGGGUCCAACAAGCAAUCAUCGACAAACUUGUUGAUGCGUGGAAUAAGCAACAGAUCUGCAAUAACCUCCAAUGACAUCUUCAAGUCCUCAGAAGAAAAUGCCAAAAGAAAAAGGAACAGCAAGGGAGAAGAAAAGGAAGAAGUCAAUGGCAAUCUGCAUGCUAGCAAUGGUAUGUCUCACAUGGACAAUGAGCUCCACAAAGCCUGGAUCAGGAUGAUUCAGAACCAGGGGACAACAAAGCUACCCAGGAAGCCUUGGAUGAAGACCCAUUGCAUGAAAUUGAACAGCAAUCAGGCACACGUAGGUGCCCUUGGAAGUGGAAGACUGGUUUCCACCGUGAUGAUGCGUGGCACCAACAUGCCAGGCAAACAAUACAAACAGGCUACAUUAGAUUCUGUUUGCCGCACACUAGGCUGUAUCAUUCCCAAUCAUCAUCGCUGGAUGUCCAAGGAGGAAAAAUGGUCCAGGCAGUCCUGUGGGGCCAGCCUUAUGUGUCCAGCAUGUCAUGUUGAAAUCCCUUUGCCCUGUUCCCACGACCCCCCUUGUAGAUGGAGAAGUGUUUCCAAAGAGAAGUGUUCAGCCUGUAAGAGCCAAGAGUAA